UCUCCACGUGAUAAGUUUUACGAGCCAGAGCAGCUGUGAAAAGCCAUAUGGAAUCGACCUCAAGAAUAAAGUGGUUCUCAUUCAAGACACCGGCAACUGCACUCUGCAAAAAGCCAUGCAAAUAUACAAGGACGCCGGAGCUUACGGCCUCAUAAUUGGGCUUGCCUCCAACAAGAUCGAUGAUAUAAGUGUCGAGAAGACGGCUUCAUCUGUGACGGACCUGGUACUCAUAUUUGCAACAAACAAAACGGCUGCAUUUCUUGGGAAAAUAAUGAUACCGAAGCAACCAUUGCCGGCAAAAUUCUUCACGAAGAACAUGGAAGUGGACCCUGGCCUGGCCGUGAUUUGGUUCCUCGCAGUCUUAUCUGUGGGGAUUGGUUCGUACUGGUCGGGAAACAUCAGGCAUCAGAUACGUGUGCGAGGUGCACAGUCGUCAAAUGCGCCGUCGGCGGCUCUCAGGCAGCAGCGGCAGCGCGGCCAGCCAGGCUCCCAGCCGGCCGCAAGGCAUGAACGUCAUCGAGGAAGAGAGCUCGCUCGACGUCUCCCCUGUCUGGGUGCUGUCGUUCGUCGUCUUCAUGACCACCAUGCUCGUCGUCCUCUACCUCUUCAUCAGAUACCUUGUUUACUUCAUUCACGGCAUGUUCGCGCUGUCCGCGUCCGUCGCCGUUCUCGGUGUUCUGGAGCCGUUGGCUUACAAGAUGCCCUGUGGCACUGGCAGGCUUCCGGAUGGCGCCAUACCCUGCUUCCACGGUUCGCUCGAGGUGCGGCAGGCGCUCGUGCUUUUCGCUGCAGUGAUUGUGCCCGCUAUCUGGGUCUACAUCAGGCACCAUCCGCUCUCCUGGAUUAUGCAGGACUUGCUGGGCGUCUGCUUCAGCGUGUACAUCCUGCGCGUGCUUCGGAUGCCUAACCUUAAGAUAUGCACUCUGCUUCUGUCGAUUCUGUUCUUCUACGAUAUAUUCUUUGUAUUUCUUACACCGCAUUUGAUUCCGGCGAAAAUGACUCACAACGCAUCGACGAGCUUCGUAAAUGCCUCGGGGAAAGGCGACAGUAUUAUGGUUGAAGUGGCCCGCGGCGGUGGCUCCAAGGAGCAGAUACCGAUGGUGAUGCGAGUGCCGCGGUUUGGGAACCAAGACAUCUCCGCGUGUCUGAACACUUACUCGCUUCUCGGUUUCGGCGACAUCCUCGUACCAGGUCUUCUUGUCGCCUUUCUGCGUGGCUUUGACCUCAUCAAUGUUGGUGGCUGCCUGUACUUCCCUGUGGCCUUAAUAUUCUAUGGCUUAGGCCUUAUAGCGACGUUCGCCGGCCUCUACCUGAUGCGCCUGGCCCAGCCUGCACUUUUGUACCUCGUGCCAUUCACAGUAAUACCAACGCUGACAAUUGCGCGGUGCAGGGGCGAGCUCGACGACAUCUGGAACGGAAAGACGCCUGAGGAGCCCAGCCUGUCGGAGAGCGACAUUUCGGGCGCGGAGGAACCCUCUAAAGCCACCGACGCCUGGAACCUGGGGGCUCAGCCUGUGCAGGCGGCGUUUCAGCCGGCGGGGUCGUACGGAAUCGCAUUAGCGGGCCACGCUUCGCAGACUCUCACUCCGGAGAAAUUGCUCUAG